AUGAUGGCGUUUGCACCUCCAAAAAGCAUGGAUGGUUCCAAAAUGCAGACAAAGAUGAGUACCUGGACACCCUUAAACCAUAAGCUUUUGAAUGACCGGGUAUUUGAAGAAAGAAGAGUUCUACUUGGAAAAUGGUUUGACAAAUGGACAGACUCUCAAAGGAGAAGAAUCCUGACAGGCCUGUUAGAACGCUGCUCCCUGUCACAGCAAAAGUUCUGCUGUCGAAAGCUUCAGGAAAAAAUUCCAGCAGAAGCUCUGGAUUUUACUACCAAGCUUCCAAGGGUGUUGUCCUUAUACAUCUUUUCUUUCCUGGACCCCCGAAGCCUUUGUCGUUGUGCACAGGUGAGCUGGCACUGGAAGAACUUAACUGAGCUGGAUCAGCUCUGGAUGCUCAAAUGUUUGCGGUUUAACUGGUACAUCAAUUUCUCUCCAACUCCCUUUGAGCAGGGUAUAUGGAAGAAGCACUACAUUCAAAUGGUGAAGGAGUUUCAUGUUACCAGACCAAAGACAUCUCCGAAAGAUGGAUUUGUGGUUGCUGAUGUUCAACCAGUGACAGGCAGUUCUCCAGAGGAAAAGCAGUCUCCGUCAUCGGCUUUCCGAUCUUCUUCCUCUUUAAGAAAGAAGAAUCACUCAGGGGAAAAAGAACUCCCACCCUGGCGAUCCUCUGACAAGCAUCCAACUGAUAUCAUUCGCUUCAAUUACCUGGACAAUUGUGACCCCUUCGAGCAGAUCUGGCAAGGAAGAAAGAAAAGACAUCAAACGACCCCAGAUGCCAGCCGACAGUCACAUGAUAAGAAAAAUAAAUUGCGGGACAGAUCUAAGCUAAGAAAAGCACAGUCACUGGUGUCCCUGAGUGCAGAGCCCAGCUCCCCUCUGCAAGUCCCAGCUCAGCUCGCCUGGCCUCCUCCUCGGUUGGCGGGGCUCCCAGCCACCGAGGCAGCAACGAAAGUUCUCAUGCAGCAUCUUCAGAGACACCCUGGCCUUCGGUCGGUGCCCAUCCAGGCUUCAGAGCCGAAGCUGAUUUAAAAAUGUGGAAAGAGCUCUGGCCAGUGUGGCUCAGUUGGUUGGA